GCAAAUGCAGAAACGACAGCCUGGAGGUUAAUAAGAAGCUCUCUACUCUCUCUGUUAGUUGGAGACCACUCUAUAGAAAACAUCAGAAUCGGAAAGCUCUUAUGCGCACUGUAAAUACCACAUUUAAAUAUUGUAAUUAUUUGGCGCACUGCUCUGCUCUUCAUACAUUGAUUAACAUUUACAGUCACUACCAGCGUGCGCACCUCUUUGGUAGGUGGAGAGGAAAUAAUAAUCACUCUCCGCGAACCCCAAAGCAAAGGAGUUGGGAGAAAUUUUGAGUGAGUGGGAAAGCCGUGCUUGCUCGUUGGACUACAUACAAUGAAGAAAUUCUAAGGUGGCAGUCUUUGUUCAUUUACGCUUCCUUUGGCUGUAUGUAACCAAGGACUAUCUCAUGAACCGGUAUCCUCUUGCGUGAAAUUCUGUUUUCACUUAGAACUCUGCUUCCUGGACAAAUGCAUACAAAUGCAUUUAGGAGCCCAACGGACAAGGAGUGGACACGUUUCUCCCACAGCAAUAACGGGAACCCUCCUCCUGCUUCUGUCAAUAUGCACAUUGUCUGCAGAAGAAGACUACCGAGCACAAGGUGUCGAUAUCCUCCAUCAGCUGGGCAUCACCGGCAGCAGAGAGACUCUCUCCUCUGGGAUCAGCUCGCCCUCUCCUCCAUCCCCACCCCCAAGAGCCGGGGUCCUACUUAGCCUGGAUGCCCACAUUGAAGCCCCCACGGGGAGCCUGUUCCCGCCGGAGCUCGGUGAGGAGUUUUCUGUUGUGGUGAGCCUAAGCUCCUGGCGAGCGAACAAUGCUUUCCUUUUCAGCGUGCGUGACAGCAGGAACAAGCUGCAGUUUGGUAUCCAGCUGCUGCCCGGGAAGGUGGUCGUGUACACUGCCGAGAAGACCUCCGUCUACUUCACCUAUGACGUGAACGACGGGCGCCAGCACUCUUUCGCUGUGGGCGUGAGGCCACGCUCUGUGUCGUUCCAUGCGGACUGCGGGGCGGUGCAGCAGAGAGAGCAGACGCUGACCCGGUCACAGACCCUGGGGUCAGGAUCCGGAGGCCUGCUCACCUUAGGAAGGAUGAACUCCAAAGCAGCCCAAUUCCAGGGCCUCAUAUGCCAGCUGGAUAUCUACCCCCUGGCCCAGGCUGCUGCGCGCUACUGCGACUACCUUAAAAGACAAUGCCGGCUGGCCGACACUUUCCGAUGGCCCCCCAGCUCGGAUAUGGAGGUUUCCAGCUCCCUGGCAUUCUCUCCUAUUCCUCUUUCUCUGGAGUCCCAGAUGGUGGUGCCCCCAUUGUUGACUGUAGACUCCCACACCCAGCAGACGUCCACCUCGGCCGGAUCAGCCCCCAUCCCCUCUCUGGAGAGGUCCGGAACAAUGUAUUUAAGCCCCUCAGAGCAGCCACACCUGGGGGUCAGUAUCCAGACCCAGAGCUCCCUGCUAGAGCACCUCAACUCCAUCCAUACCCCCGUCACUGCUGUCCACAACAGCCUGUCCUCAGGCACCCUCAGUGGGCUGGAGGCCCUGGGAAUCACCCGCAGAAGUACCACCCCCAGUUACAGAUCCAGCCCUACAAGGGGUUCAACCAGGCACUCUCCCCAGUCUGAGAAUGACAUGGAGGAGAGGAGCCCCAGGAGGCCCCAACGGGUCACCAUAGGCACCCCAGGUAUAAACUCUCCUGUCAAGCAGACUCACUUGAAGGAUGGCUUGAGGAACAGCUCCAGCUCCAGGCCUAGGGACUCUAACCCCCAGCUCCAGCCCAUUGACCACCUCCUGGACACCCAGUUCAGACCCAAUGGCACCACCCUGUACCGGGAGAACCAGGUGGAAACCUCAGAGGAGCAUGGCCAGGAAGAGGCCUACGAUGUGGACAUGGGAGGCUACGACUAUGGUUAUGAGGAUCCAGACUACUUCUACGGAGACUAUGACGAAGCUUUCCCCGGACCCAAAGGAGAACCAGGUCCUCCGGGUCCUCCUGGUCCCCCUGGUCUACCUGGUCCUGCUGGGAAGAGAGGAGCUCGGGGUCCUACUGGUCCACAUGGAAACCCCGGCCUGCCUGGUCUUCCUGGUCCCAAGGGCUCUAAGGGCGAUCCAGGACUGUCCCCAGGUCAGGCCCCGCCAGGAGACAAGGGUGACAGAGGUCCACAAGGUCUUCCAGGUCCAGAAGGGUUUGCGGGUCCAACGGGUUCUAAGGGCUAUCCAGGGCCACAAGGACAGCCUGGAGAACAGGGCAUACCGGGACUUCCAGGAGUGACUGGGGAUGCAGGUUACCCUGGCAGGCAGGGUUUGGCUGGGCCAGAAGGUAACCCAGGUCCUAAAGGUGUACGUGGUUUCAUUGGGCCUCCUGGUAUAGCUGGUUCACCCGGGCAGGAAGGGGAGAGAGGUAUUCCCGGUCCUGUUGGGAAGACCGGUCCCAAAGGAAAACAGGGAGUUGUCGGAGAUGUUGGUGAAAGGGGUCCUCCUGGUCCUGAUGGCGACGAGGGGCCUGCUGGUGGGACUGGCAUGGGUGGCUUCCCAGGUCUGAGGGGUGACCAAGGACCUGAGGGACAGCGAGGACUGACUGGCAUAGUGGGAACUAUGGGCCUGACUGGAAAUGUGGGGCUGCCUGGAUUGAAAGGUGAUAAGGGCAAACCUGGACUAAGGGGGGAACCAGGAAAGAUUGGUUACCAAGGUGAUAAGGGUGCUGCUGGCUUACCUGGACCUCCUGGACUCCUUGGGAAAACAGGCCCACCUGGUAAGAUGGGUGACAUCGGACCGCAGGGACCUCCCGGCCCACCAGGACCUGAGGGUUUUCCUGGAGACAUCGGUGUGCCAGGUCCCAAUGGCCCCCCUGGACCCAAGGGUCUCCAAGGUGCCAGAGGGCCGCAGAGACCACCAGGGCCAAAAGGAAUAGAGGGGGAUGAGGGGCCCCUUGGCCUUCCUGGUGGUCCUGGCCCCACUGGUAGACCUGGAAGGAAAGGCUACAUUGGCGAACCUGGCCCAGAGGGACUGAAGGGGGAGACAGGGGAACUUGGCGGCCUUGGAAAAAAUGGACCGCAAGGUCCAGCGGGCCUGAUCGGGAUGCCAGGGGGAGUAGGAGAAGCCGGUGAAAAGGGAGGUCGUGGUCCUGCAGGUCCAUUGGGUCCUCCUGGCGAGAAGGGGUCCGGGGGGUAUCCAGGCUUACCCGGAGGUCCCGGUGACGUCGGUCUGCAAGGCCCACUUGGUCCUCGGGGGCAGAGGGGUACACCUGGGAUCCCUGGGUCAAAGGGCAGAAGGGGGAAAGCUGGCGGUCCAGGGGAGAGAGGUCUACCGGGGAAACCUGGGAAAGCUGGGAUCCCUGGAAGCACUGGAGAGAGGGGAGCCCAUGGUGAACCAGGGCCCAAAGGACCCACGGGGGAUGCAGGACCUGAUGGAGAGCAAGGACCUGAGGGUGCUCCUGGCGGAGAGGGGGAACCGGGUCCAGUUGGAGAACCUGGGAUAAAGGGCGAUGUGGGGCCGUUUGGAGGAGAGGGGGAACAAGGACAGCAGGGAAUGAGAAGUCUUCCAGGUCCUGCUGGUGAGGACGGGCCCCUGGGAAAAGAUGGUCCGAAGGGAGAGCCAGGUGACCGUGGGCCAAUGGGCGAGGCAGGGGACAGGGGGAUAGAGGGAGACCCUGGGCUUCCUGGGGCCACCGGACUGGCUGGAAAAAGUGGUUUCCCUGGACCGGAGGGGAAACAGGGUCCCCUGGGGAACCGUGGCAGGCAUGGCAAGAAGGGAGAGGCAGGCAAACCAGGUCAUAUCGGUGAGACAGGGGACAUCGGGGACAUGGGCCAGAAAGGGGGCACAGGACUGAAAGGCGCCAGAGGAACCAGAGGCCCUGCAGGUCAUCUGGGAUUUAUGGGGCCUGGGGGGAUGCCUGGAAUGGCAGGAUACACAGGCCACGCUGGUAAGCCAGGAUCCAUCGGACCUCCUGGGCCCAAAGGUGAAAAGGGCUACUCCGGAGAAGACAGUAAGACAUCAGGUCCUGCCGGGCCACUAGGUGAACCAGGUCCCCCGGGCGAGCGAGGAGAUCGCGGAGAGCCUGGAGAUGAGGGAUAUCAGGGUCAUAUGGGUACCACUGGACAUCGUGGGGCUGUUGGAGCGCCAGGCCUUCCUGGAACACCAGGGGAACCUGGAGAACAGGGCCCAAAAGGAGAAAUGGGAACUCAGGGCUUAGAAGGAAAGAAAGGAGUGAGGGGCCUGACUGGGACCGCUGGUAUUGAAGGGGCCAUUGGUUUACCUGGACCCAGAGGCAUGGAGGGAUACGCUGGGCCUGACGGCCUCCCAGGACUAGUUGGGUUACCAGGUUUUCCAGGGAAGGCUGGGCGACAGGGUCAGCGGGGCACUGUGGGGCAAGAGGGGGUAGCAGGACUACCUGGUCCCAGGGGGGAACUUAGUCUGCCUGGGUUGGUUGGAGAGAGGGGGCCUGCUGGAGAGAAGGGGGAGCCUGGCUUGGCAGGAGAGAGGGGAACCCCAGGGAUCAAAGGCAUGGAGGGGUCGUCCGGAGACCAAGGCAGAAUAGGAGACCCAGGACGCAAAGGACAACCAGGGGAGUCGGGAGACCUGGGGAUGGUUGGCUUCACUGGUUUUCCAGGACCUAAGGGACCAAAUGGAGAUUUGGGUUUCAAAGGCAUACCUGGUCCUAAAGGUCCUCUUGGCAUUCUGGGUUUCAGUGGACCUGUUGGUCCAGAAGGGAUGAUUGGCCCAAUGGGGAAACCUGGACCGAGGGGGCCAGAGGGAAGCCAAGGGGAAAUGGGACCCCAGGGACCACAGGGACAUCCAGGUCCCAGAGGUCUCCCAGGUGCUCCUGGCCUGGCUAGACGAAUCGAGUAUAACUCUCCGUUGGAGUCCAAUGGUGCCUUAAGGACAGAGACCUACCAGAACACCGAGAUGUCCCUCCCAGACCACAACGCAGAGAUCUUUAAGACCCUGCGCUACCUGAGCGGUGUGAUCGAGAGCAUGAAGAAGCCGUUGGGAACCCGGGAGAACCCAGCACGGUUCUGUAAGGACCUGUUGGACUGCCAACACCAGCUCUCUGAUGGACUGUUCUGGAUCGACCCUAACCUGGGAUGUCAUUCAGACGCCAUUGUGGUCUUUUGUAACUUCACUGCAGGCGGGCAGACUUGCCUCCACCCAGUAGCUUCUAACAAGCUUUCGUUCGGGGUACAUAAGGUCCAAAUGAAGUUCCUCCACCUUCUGAGCACAGAGGCCAGUCAGGACAUCACCUUCCACUGUCUGAGUGAUCUGCCCCUCAGCCCCACGGACACCUACAGCGCUACCGGCCCAGGACAGGAGCACCGGGACAGACCACCGAGGUUCAGGGGAUGGAACGGACAGAUGUUUGAGGCAGACACACUACUUGAACCUCUGCCAGACGAGUGCAAGAUCCAAGAUGGCAGCUGGCACCAGUCACGCUUCUUCUUCCAUACUCAGGACAGCUACGAGCUCCCCAUCGUAGACAUACAGGAAGCACCAUUGUCACAGCCCAAUCGCCUGCUACACCUCGAGGUGGGACCUGUCUGCUUUCUGUGAGGCCAUCCAUCGCCAGCCUGCCUGUCCAAAAUAUGAACUAUGAAAAAACCAAGCAUGCAUUUAAGCAACCCAAAAUGUCUGCUCCCCAAACCAAAGAGAAUGUAAUCCCAAGCGGAGUUGGUCAGGUCUACUCCCCCACAUGGUGACAAACACCCUGUUCAAUCGAUGGUAGACAUUUGCGGAAGAACUCAAUCUAUAGGAAACUAGGCCAUCUUAGUGUAAUAUGGCUGCAGGAGAGCAGUGUAUACAAAUAUCUGUCAAAUACAUGUAUAACGUGUGUCUGAUUUUUUUGUUUUGUUUUUCAAAAGUUGCUUGGGUUCAUUGGAAAGUUGGUCCCUGCACUCAAGAUAGGACUCAUCCACACGACACCCUCCAAAAACAAACUCAAAUCCUGUACCUCCCACCCCUUUCCUCCUCCUCCCCCAUAUACACCCUUUCAUCCAUCCUCAGAAGGGGCCUAGCUAUCCGAAGGAAAGCUCCAUGGCCUUUGUGGCAGGAACACUGUCCAACCAAAACUUUCUAAGAGUGCAAUAGCUUGUGGAUUAAGCGUGAGAGAUUUCAUAUUGCAACAUCAAUCGAAGGUCAACCACCAGUUCGGGCGGCCAUGUUUUUUUAUUCACGUUUGAAUCAUGUUUGAAUCUGUUGAACAACAAGGCUGGACGUUUACACCUUGGGUGUGUCCAAAAUGGCACCCUAUUCUCUAUGUAGUGCAUUUGGUUUAACUUAGGGCCCAUAGAGCUCAAACAUAGUGCACUACUGUAUAUAGGGAAUAGACUUCUAUUUUCGGACACAGCCCUAGACAGAUGGUGCUCUACCUCCUGCUUGUAUGCCCUCUAAGUAUAGGUGCUCGUGUCAAGUUAUGUUUUGUCUUUACAAGUUGUAUGUACCGGUUACAUCAAGAUCUGUAUCGGUUGUAAGAGUACUUGUUUGAAAUUUGGUCAUUUCUACAGUAAUUUAUAUGAACCAUCUGUUGAUGAAUUCCAUAUUGUUUUGCUUUAGGUGGUAACUUAUCAUUGGUGCUGCAACAGAAACAAGAGCUUGAGACAUCAGUGAGUUGCGAGACAAUUUUCCGGUGUAUAUUUUGACAUUAUAUGGUUGGUUAUUUAUAUCCUUGCGUUUUUGUUCACAUUACUGUACCCCAAUAAAUACUUGUAUACUAUGGA